GGGGCAUGGAGAACGGAAGUUGAACAUGUCGCGAGCAAGUAAACAACGAGGCGUGUGUCGAAACCGAUGUUGACGAAUUUACGAAGACAUGGUGAUGAUCGAAUCGAAUAUUUAGAUUUUUUUAUACGACAAACACGCCAUUAUGACAAGGUUUGCUCAGCUGGUAAUGGGGCCGGCUGGAAGUGGUAAGUCCACGUACUGCAGCAACAUGGUGAAGCACUGUGAGGUGUUGGGGCGGACGGUCCAUGUGGUUAACUUGGACCCUGCUGCUGAACAGUUUGACUACCCAGUCCUUGCAGAUGUGCGUGAGCUAAUUCACAUUGAUGAUGCCAUGGAGGAUGAAGCCCUCCAGUUUGGUCCAAAUGGAGGCCUGAUCUUCUGUAUGGAGUACCUGGUACAGAACCUGGACUGGCUCCGUGAACAGUUGGAUGACGUCGAAGACGACUACAUCAUCUUUGACUGUCCCGGUCAGAUUGAAUUGUACACACACAUCCCAGCCAUGAAGCAGUUGGUGGAAGCCUUGCAGAACUGGAACUUCCGUGUGUGUGGCGUGUUCCUCAUCGACUCCCAGUUCAUGAUAGAGGCGUCCAAGUUCACAUCAGGUGUGCUGACGGCGUUGUCCACGAUGGUGAACAUGGAGAUCACUCACGUCAAUAUCCUCACAAAACUGGACCUGCUCAGUAAGAAGGCCAAGAAAGACUUGGACAGGUACCUGGACCCAGACAUGGAAACCUUGCUUCAGGAAGAAUUCAUGGACGAGAAAUUCAGCCACAGAUUCAAGAAACUCAACCAAGCUGUAGCGAAGCUGGUGGACGACUACAGCCUGGUGAAGUUCCUGCCCCUGGACAUCACGGAUGAGGAGAGCAUCAACGACAUCCUGUUGCAGAUAGACCUGGCCAUACAGUACGGGGAUGAGCUGGAGCCUCGAGAACCCAGGGACCCAGAAGACCUUGACCCAGCGGAGGAGAAUGUGGACAGUGGGUAUGACCAAGGAGAAUAGAAGCUCUCUUGUGUGUGUCUAUUUUGAUGUGAGUUGGAGCAUGGUGUCUCAAGCAGCAUGAGGUUGAAAGAGAGGUGGCUCUUCUGGUCUACAGCAGUGAUGCUAGUACAAGAAGAUGGACAUCCUUGCUGGAAUGGUUUGCUCUUCUGGAGUGAAGCUAGUACAACAGGAUGGAUAUGUUUCUUGAAGUGUCGGCUCUUCUGGUCUUCAGGAAUGAUGCCUGUACAGAGGUUGGGCAUGUUUGCUGCAAGUGUCGGCUCAUGUGGUUAUUUUUAUUUUUAUUUGCCAGACUCAGAAAGCGCGUUGUCAUGGCCGAUUUUGAAGUCAAUUGUAUGAUUUUGGUUUGGUUUGUUGUUUUACACCGCACUCAGCAAUAUUCCAGCUAUAUGACAGCAGUCUGUAAAUAAUCAAGUCUGGACCAGACAAUCCAGUGAUUGAUAUCAUAAGCCUCGAUCCAUGCAAUUGAGAUCGAUGACAUGCUUCAACCAAGUCAGCGAGUCUGACCACCUAAUCCCGUUAGUCACCUCUUAAGACAAGCAAAGCAUGUCAAUUGUAUGAUGUCAUUUAGAUAUCAAGUGCAGAUUCUCAAAUGUAUGACACGUUACCAAACUACUACAUGUCCAGACUGAAACUGUUAGUUUUCUCUGUACAUCUAUUUAUCCUGAUGAUGUCACUGUCGGCAUGGUGUCAUAUCCUACAUGAAAUUAUUGUCUAAAUGAUGCCAUGUAGCAAUGGCUUUUUAAUUCAGCCACAAUUGAGACAGUCCGCCCGAAGAGUCCCACAUAACUCCUACAGAACAGAUGUUGAACUGGAGCCGCUGGUUUGCCAGGAUAUGGAGCCUGCAGAGUCCUGGCCUAUCAUAUUGCCAUCUGUAACAUGAUUCACUGUAUAUAUGGUUGUAAAUAUGAUAUUAAAACACUGUACCUGUA